AUGCAGAACGACGACCUCCCCACUGAAGUGCUCAUCGCUGUACAACGCGUAUUUGAGCAACAUUCAUCUCUAGCCGCAGGUGCUAGCUCCAACGCUAUAGAUGCGCUUAAUAGCUUGUUUCCCAAUGAAUCCUCUCUUGCAUAUACCGAAGCGGUACAAGCACGGCUUCUGGAAAGACAGAGGGAAAUUCAAAAGGAAAUAGAUCUACUGAGGGAGCGACUGAAACGAAAUCAGGACUCCGACCGAAUGCAACUCAUUCAGGAGAUGAUAUCAGAACUACUUGGUCAAAUGUCACGUAUACGCGAAAAGGCCACAGAAUCUGAAGCUGUUGUCAGAAGUAUCACGAAGGACAUCCAGGUUCUGGAUCUAGCAAAGAAGAAUCUCAUACUGAGUAUGACCACUUUGAAAAGGCUUCAAAUGCUUGUCAAUGCUUUGGCGCAACUUGAAGAUCUCCUCUCGGAAAGGAAAUACCGCGAGAUCUCGCAAACUCUUGCCGCUGUAAAACAACUGGCGUCAACAUUCACGUCGUACAUGUCUGUGCCUCGAGUCUUGCAGACAUGGAAACAAAUACAAGAGCUUCAAACCAAGCUGCGCUCCGUUAUAGACAAGGAUUUCGACACCUUUUAUUUGCAAGAUAGCUCAAAGGGUAUGAAACCUGCUGUCAUCGCGGACGCCUGUCUCGUAGUAGAUGUCCUCGGGGAGGAUUUCCGUUCGCUCUUGGUCGAGAGAUAUGUUGCAUUAGAAUUGAAGGAAUACAGACGAAUAUUUCGUACCACAGAUGAAGCAGGCCAGCUGGAUAACAUUUCGAGGCGAUUUUCCUGGUUCAGACGGUUACUGCAGACCCACGAACUUGAACAGGGAAGAGUGUUUCCCUCAGAAUGGAAGGUCGGUUGGCACCUGCUGGCGAAAUUCACUGAGAUCACUCGAGAUGACAUUACUACAUUGUUAUCUACUGCAGGAAAGUCACUGACUGUCAAGACGCUCCUUGAUAAUCUGCAAAUUGCCGCAGAGUUUGAAUCUUCGAUGGCCAAGAAGUGGGCUACACCGUAUCAAGAUAUGCUGUCUGCUACUGUACAAUCGAAUUCCCGACCUCCGAAACCCCUCACGCACGCAUUUGACCCCCACAUGAGCGUAUUUGUUGACGCUCAAGAUAGAGCAUUGUCCGACAUGCUUGCUCCUCAUCGAAAAAACAAGGGUCUCAAGAGCACCCCGCGCCAUUCUUUGGAAACUCUCGAUGCAGAAGAUGGUGACGAAAGCAAUUCAUCUCCGAUCGUGGUACUACCAUCAUCCACGGAACUCUUCUACUUCUAUGCUCAGAGUCUGGAGCAAUGCGCCAAAUUAUCUCGAGGAUCUCCUCUUUUCGAAUUGUGCAACGUACAUAAGAAAUGGUUACGAAUCUAUGCAGGUACUGCAAUCAAACUUCUCGCUUUAAAACUUCCUCCAAUUGUCGCUCCUCGUAAAUCCAUAGACUCGGCAAGGUUCGACAUCGCGGAACUCAAGCAAGCAUCCAUGGUCAUUAACACAGCGGAUUAUUGCCAAACUACUGCAUCAGAACUAGAGGACAAGAUACGCAGCCAUAUCGAUGAAGAAUUUAAGGAGAAGGUUUCUCUGCAGGAGGAGCGUGAUCUAUUUGUGAGUGCCAUAUCGGCCGCUAUCGUUGUUCAACUUCGGGAACUCGAAUCCGCUUGUGAACCUGCUUUCAGUUCAAUGUCGCGGUCUGUUUGGUCAAAUCUCAACCACGUCAGUGGUCCAUCUGCCUACACUGCGGAGCUAGUUCGAACAGCGGAGCAAAUUGUUGAAGCUCUUAAGCCUACUGUAGAACAAAAGAAGUACCUUAGAAAUUUUCUCGAUAAAGCCUGCAGUCUAAUCAUAGCGAAGUUCACGAAUUCCUUGGUGAAGAGCAGACCAUUGAAGGAGAUCGGAGCUGAACAGCUGCUCAUUGAUUUGCAGACAGUCAAAGCGUACCUUUCAAAAAUGCCGGGGGAUUCGCUGAUCACUCCGAGCUAUACUCGGUCAUUAAGUAAGAGUACCAGUAGACUGGAAUCGUUAUUGAAAGUCAUAGUUACACCGGUAGACCCACCAGAAGGAUUCAUACUCAACUACACACUUCUUAUCGGGGACGCCUCAUUUUCAAAUUUCCAGAAGAUUCUUGACCUGAAAGGGACCCCGAAAGGCGAACAAAAUCAUCUUCUGGACUCUUUCGUAACAAUCACCAGUACAAAGGACGAACUUCAGGGCACUUCGUUUUUAUCGUCGUUGGAUAUGGACCCCCCGAGUGUCACACAAUUGGGUGGAACACUAACUAGCCCUGCGAUAGUGAGCGCGACAGAGAGUAUAUUCUCUGGGUUGGUUUCUCCGCCAAUAAGUGGACCGCCCACAGGCUCUACGGAAGUAUCACGGAACGACCAACGUCGAGAGGUCUUCUCAGACUUCAAACGUUUUGUCAGUUUUGGGUUGCGACGUGACUCUUCACAGAUACCUCCUUAG